GCUGAAAUUAACCGAAGACUCCUAUCACUUCUGCCAACAAAGCAAUACAAAGUCAUCAUGGCUAUGGUACCUGAAAUCACUUGUGAGGAGAUGGAUUUUUACAGGGAUAAUGAACACCAAUUUUAUGAAUCAGAUGGUCCCAACCAAAAGAAGGGUUAUCUCCAGUGUCCGGAUCUUUGCCCCAAGGAAAGUCUCUUGGGAGAGGAUGACAUCCAGCUGAAAUUCACUGCUCAGCCUCAUCGAUUCUAUCGAACUGUGGUGGUAGUUGUUGCAAUUGAAAAGAUGAAGCAUCUGAAUGAAACCUGCUCCCAGUUCUUCCAGGAUAAUGAUCUUAUGAAUAUUUUCACAACCAUCUUUCAAGAAGAACCCAUAAUCAAGAACUGUGAUAUGUAUGAGUCUGACCUCCCCUUUCCAUUGGCAUUCUCCCGGGAUUAUACCAUUCAAGACAUAAAUCAAAAAUGCCUUACCUUGUCCAGUGCCAGUGAAUUGCAAGCUCUUCAUCUCAACGGACAGAACAUAAGCCAACAAGUAAUUUUCAGCAUGAAGUACUUCCUUGGUGAUAUAGGCUCCCAGAAAACACAUGUUGUCCUCUGUAUCAAGAAAAAUAAUUACUAUUUGUCUUGUGUGAAGCGUAACGGGAAGCCCAUUCUACAGCUAGAGCAAGUUGCCAAUUUCCCCAGCAAUAACCCGGACAGGCGAUUUAUCUUCAACAAGACAGAAAUCAAUCAUAAGACUGAAUUUGAGUCUGCGGAAUACCCCAACUGGUAUAUCAGCACCUCCCAAAUGGAUGAGCAGCCUGUCUUCCUGGGGAACAUGAGAGGGGGUGAAGACAUAACCAACUUCAUUUUGGAGGAUCUCUCUGAAAUUGACUCUUAAGCAUCAAAUCAGCGUUUACUGCAUCCUCCAGGACCUAGGCAGAAGGGAGAAGAAAAGGGAUUUGGGGAGUUUAUAUGUUAUACAUAUGACAUAUAAUCAACUCAGGCCUUAAUAUGUUCUUUGGAAAUCUCUGUUGCUACCAUUCAGAUGCUGACUUUGCUCAGGGAGAGGCCCCAUGGCCCUUUUCAAUGCCUGACCAAGCAGAAUCUGGUGAAAACAUGAUGGUAGUUGGACUUUCUUUCAAGGUGGAAGCUUGAGUGCAGGAAGUUUGCCAGAAAAGAAGCAUUAGAAGAGAGAAUUUAGAGAAAGGAAAAAAAAUGAGCAAAAAGGCAAAAGAGACCUCUGAGCUGUGAAAUUUAGUAAGAAUACAAAAUAGGAAGUACUACGGAGUCACUAGCUCAAAGGUCUCUUGGGUUGCUGAUUCUAAAUGGGCUAGGCUAUGAUUGAGCCCUGUCAAAUGUGACGUGCUCAAAAGCUGCCCUGUUAUUUCCCAGAGACAAAAGCAAAUAGCAUCUACCAAGAUUGGGCCUCUCCUGAAUCACCCAUAGCUAUCUCCCCAAGCCUGGGUUAUUUCCAAACUCCUCCAAUGCUCUCUCUCCAAUCUUUAGCAACUGCUUGUUUGUCUGUUUAUUUAUUUAUUUAUUUAAUAUUCAGUCUGUCUGUGAAUGCUCAUGUCUAUUUAAUUCUCAGAAUGAAAGGGCCAAAAUGAGCCAAAUCAGUAAAACUUGAUGUCUGUAAAACUGAAUUAAUUUAUGUUGUAAUGGUCUACUCAAGGGCCUACAAAUGGAAGGGUGAAUAUUUAUGAGAAGGGAAACAUGGCCUGAUAAUCUCAGUGUUUCCAUAAUAAACUUUGAUUAAAUGUG